AUGUUAUUGCAAGGCUUCUGUAUUUGUAUAGUGUUGGUAAAGAAAAUUCCAUUAAUUUGAAGUCCUAAAAUGCUGCUGUUGAACACUGAACAGUUGUCAAGCCUACAAGAUCGUCUUCUGAUGGAUAUGCCACAGUCAAUAAAGGUGUAUGGUGCAUUGCAAAUUAUUUGCAAGGGGAACCCCUUUAAGCUUGAAGUGCUUGUGGAUUCCUGGCCUGACUUCAAGACUGUGCUUUGCUGUCCACGGAAGGAUGGACGCGAAGAUAGUCUUGAUGAUGAGUAUUUAAAUGGCUAUACCCUAUUUACAAAGGAGCCUAGCUCAGCCAAGAACAUACUAAUGGAAAUGGACGUCAUCGACUGGAAUCAUGUUCUUCGUCUAGAAGGUCUUCAGCUGUGCAUGGAAGAAGUGAUACAGGAAGUGGCAUCUAGCAAAAAUGUGAGACUAGAAUGUUAUGCGAACACAUCCAAAACAUUUCUGAAAGAGCAACCAUGUGACCUGCCUGACAACUUGAAACCAGAGAGUGAUAAUGGAGGCAAGGUGUCCUUCCUUGAAGUCCACCAUGCAGAUGUAGUAAAUACUGCAUGGAAAUAUGGUGGUAGCCAGGGGAGUCUGAGAUUUGUGAAGCGAUGUCUAAGCCAUCUCCCAAGCUUCUGCUUAUUGGAUGUGUAUGGAAAUCCCAUCUCCUGGAUGAUGAUGGACCAGUUCUGCACAAUUCGCAAUGUGUACACGCUGCAAAAGGAGAGGGGGAAGGGCCACAGCAAACACCUUGUAGCUCUUUUUACACACACACUGCAUCAUUUGGGAUACCCCAUUUACUGCCAUACUGAUGAGGGCAACAUUGCUGCUGAGAAGUUGUUCCAAAGCCUUAAAUUUACUGACAUCCCAUUCUCUCCUCUUUGGCUAAGAUCAAUCCCACUUGCGAAAGAAAAAUGAAUGGAGGUCUUCUCUGGACAAAGCUGUGAUUGUCAGUCCCCAGAAUCUGGUUGAUGUGCUUUGGUUCAUGAAAUGAUGCAGUACUGUGUGCAAACAUUAUGAAACAGAAUUGCUGUGUGCCCCUACCUCAAUGUAUUUUGAACUUCUAGCAUACUAGGAAGGUAUCAUUCUUUCAAAUCAUUGUUUCUUUUGCUCCAGGGGUAGCAUGUUGGUUCAGAUCAGGUUUGUUCUGUUAAAGAAAAUCCAGAUGUUAUGUGAUCCUAUCUCGCCUACAUUCUGAAUGAUGGGUUCGGAGCCGAUCCCUCG